AUGAACAUGUUUAACAACAUAUGUGUGAAGCUUUUUCUUCUGAUUCGAAUUCCAGGACUGGACUAUGCCCGUGUUUGGAUUUCCAUCCCCAUCUGCCUCAGGUACCUCAUCGCUCUCAUGGUCAAGUGCAUCAACCUCUUCAUCAUAAAGACAGAGUCCUCACUUCCUGAGCCCAUGUAUUAUUUCCUUGCCAUGUUGGCAGUCUCUGAUAUGGCUUUGUCCCUCUCCUCUCUUCCCACCAUGCUGAGGAUCUUUUUGUUUAAGGCCAUGGAAAUUUCACUCAAUGCCUGCUUUGCUCAAGAAUUUUUCAUCCAUGGAUUCACUGUCAUGGAAUCCUCUGUACUUCUAAUUAUGUCUUUGGAUCGCUUUCUUACCAUCCAUCCCCUAAGAUAUAGCUCUAUCCUCACUAACAAGAGAGUUACUAAAAUGGGAGUAAUCUUAGCCAUUAGGAGCAUCAUUUUAGUACUUCCCUUCCCUUUUACUCUAAGGAGAUUAAUAUAUUGCCAAAAGAAUCUCUUUUCUCACUCAUUCUGUCUUCAUCAGGAUAUCAUGAAGCUGGCCUGUUCUGACAACAAGAUCAAUUUUAUCUAUGGCUUCUUUGUUGCUCUCUGUACUUUGCUGGAUUUGGCACUGAUUGUUGUGUCGUAUGUGCUGAUUUUGAAGACUGAAAUCAACAUUGCAUCUCUGACAGAGAGGCUGAAGGCCCUAAAUACCUGCGUCUCCCACAUCUGUGCUGUGCUCGUCUUCUAUGUUCUUAUCCUCACCUUGGCUGCUGUACAACGCUUUGCUAAGCACAAAAGCCCCCUUGUAACAGUCCUUAUAGCACAUAUGUUUUUAUUGGUUCCAUACCUGAUGAACCCCAUCAUGUACUGUGUAAAGACUAAAAUCCGUGAGAAGGUCUUGGGGAAGGUGUUUAACAUAUGUGUGAGAUAG